AAGUCUACGACAAAUGCUUUUCUUCAACAGUAAUAGUAGCAGCCAAAAAAACCAAAAAUCCAUAUACAGAAUAGAGAUAUUUUUUCAAAUAAGAAAAAAGAUGAGCGGAAUAGCACAAGAUUGGGAACCCGUCGUAAUUCGGAAGAAAGCGCCUACCGCCGCCGCUCGCAAGGACGAGAAAGCCGUCAACGCCGCCCGUCGCUCCGGCGCGGAGAUCGAAACUGUCAAAAAAUCUAAUGCGGGCUCAAACAAGGCUGCCUCAAGUAGUACAUCUUUGAACACCAGGAAGCUUGAUGAAGACACUGAGAAUUUGUCUCAUGAAAAGGUACCAACUGAACUCAAGAAAGCCAUCAUGCAAGCACGACAGGACAAGAAACUGACUCAGGCUCAACUUGCUCAAUUGAUAAAUGAGAAGCCACAGAUCAUCCAAGAAUACGAGUCAGGAAAGGCAAUUCCAAACCAGCAGAUCAUCUCUAAACUGGAGAGAGCCCUUGGUGCGAAACUUCGAGGAAAGAAAUAAAGCGUAGUGGCACAAGGGAGCCUUAUGGAUUCUCACUGUCUGGUUGAAUCCAAGAUGCGGUCAUGUACAUGAACUUUUCUUUAAUCACUGUGUUGCUUAUCGUUAUGCCUGGAUUCAUAACUAUGUUCCUUGUUGAAUCAGCUGUUUCUGCUGUGAAAUUUGAAGUUCCUCUUGUACGAAUUUCUUUUCUGCUUUUGUUCCUGACUGCUUUAUUGGAUUAGUUUAUCGUUCAAAUCAGCC